AUGAAGCCUUGGCUCGAGGACCUCUCUGAGGAGUGGAUACCCCAACCCGCUCCUCCACCGCUCACACAGAACCCAGAUAAUGCUGCCACAAUGCAGACUUGUCAAAGUGUCCCGUCUAAACCCCGAAGCCGCCUACCGCGCCUACGGAAUUCGUCGGGAUCCUUCUCCGAGAUACAAAUACGACAACUCGCGAAGGAAAGUCGACCUACUCCUCCUCCGAAGAGUGCUCUAGCCGAACGCACCCUGAGCGAUAUCAAUAUCCCCUCAACCACAACUCAAGAAGCACCGAGGGCCACAGAUUCUCGUUGUGUAUCGCUCUCCUCGCCGACUUCGGCCACUGGGUCGGUGAUAUGUAAUGGCACGGUGGAACAGAAGCCAGCUAUGCUCGCUCCAGGAAAGCCUCAGCAAAUCCAUGAUACACCAGAAUGGAGGCGGAGGUUGCUUAAAGGCGAAGUGGGCUAUGGUGAACAACGGGACCUCUUCAGCCCAAUGGGGCUUGAGAACAUCUUUCAGAAGCCUACGGCGAAGGCUCCCGAAGAAGCCAAACAGCCUAAAAGCAAACUUGCUCUUUCUAGAGGUCUGAACAACAUGCCUUCAAGUCCACCGCCAUGGCCGUCACGAGACCAAGAGCAGAGCGCUACACGAGACAAAGACGGUGUAGACUAUUCCGGCUUGUCAUCAAAAAUGGUCCAGGAUUUGCAGCGUAUAGCGGCUGAGGAUUCUGCCUUCGAAGGUACAUUCGAACAAGCACGAGCUGGUGGAUCAUUCUCAACCCAUGUUCCCGGGAGCAACAACUAUCAGAUUCCCCGGACUGUCAGCGGACAAAUCGAAUUCGAGAAUGAAAGCUUCAGCCCUGUGUAUCUCUCCACCAACCUCAAGAUCGGGGCUACGGUCAACCCUUCUGAUCCAAAUCUCAGAGGCUCCGACCUUGCUAAUAGAUUACGACAUUUGGGGUCCCCACCACCCACUUCCAAUUCGAACCCUGCUUCAGAGGGCAAUACUGUCAGUGUGAGCCAAGAGGACUCAUCGAUGGCGAAACUGCGAGAUGAUACCCUCCCGGAGGACCUGCCAGCUGGGACACCAGAGUACGCAGACGUGGGCCGUUUUGUAGAACUCCGACGGGGUGGAUAUUCAAGAGACGGGUCUUUUCGGAGGCGACCACUCAGUCCGUCUCCUCGCUCAAAAGCUCCCACACUUAGUAUGCCUGGGAAUCCCACACUCUCUAGGAAGAACGCAUAUCCCAAUACCCCGUCAAUUGUUGAGCCUGAAGCUGCAGGUCAGAGCUUUGAAUCAGACAGCCCACCAUCUCCGGAUCCUGUAACCCCACGUCGACAUGACAAUGCAAGACAUCUGAGCCCAGCACGAACAAAGUCCCGUAGCCCGUUAAAAUUAUUCGAUGCUCACGAUACCUUCACGAGCAACCGACUGCAAAGGCGACUAAGCCAGCUUGAGUACAAAUCUGAGCAGACUACCUUGACCAACGUACAGUCCAAUCAAGCACAUUCGGCAAGAGAAGUAAAAAAAGACUAUCGCUUGACUUUGGUCGAGGAAGUAAGCAUCCAAAAACCUGCUAUAGAAGCCAAGGGUGCCUUUUCUCCUAUUGGUCAACAUUCUGAGGCUUUCCAAGUGGAAACAUUCGGUGAAGGUCAACUCGAUGCGUAUCAAUUUCCUGAAGAGCUGUCCUCUACUUCUUCUCAAGCCUUGGACGAUAGAUAUAGUGCUCCCGACAGUUCACCUACCUCAGAUAUUGCGCCACCUGGUAGUCGACAGCCGCCUCGGUUCCACUUCGAUGAAUCACUUCAAUUACAAGGCCGACCCAAAGCUAAGAGGCAAGGCCUGACACGUGUGUCCAAUCAAUUCCGGGCCAGGAACCCGUCAAAUUCUCAGUCUGGAUGGACUGCGUCUGGUCCUGCGUCAUCGCCACCACUGGUAGCUCAUCCCAUUCAAGAGUAUACUGAAGGUAAAAGAGGUCCAACAUCACCAUUCAAAAACCCUACGCCGAAACGCCGAAGAACUCUGUAUUCAAUAGACGGUGAUGACGAUGAUGUCUUCAGCGAGUCCGGACCGAGAUCUGUCAAGGAAACACACGCCGUGAUGCAGUCAAUCAUCGGGCGUAAACGAAAGGACGCCCGCCACGAACAAACCAACAAUGUGGCGGAUCCAGACGUCCUGGCCCGACGGCAUAUUUUGCGUCCCCGGAAUCCAACACCUAGUCAGCGGCGGAAGGAUGAGAUUGAAGCAGAAAUACUUGAGGCAACCGAAGCCUUUAUAUUGUCCUCGCCAAAGCUAAACACUAUUCGGGAGCACCUUAAUUCACCUGUUGGCCCUAAAGGACCCUCGGAACGGAACAGAGCCGCCGCAGUUGCAAGCGAAGUUGCUGCCUUUAGCAUGAAGAGGACACAAGCCAUGAAGGAUGAGAGUCGCAAGCGCUCCGUCACAACCCAGGACUUCCUUGAUGAAGCAGUGAAGAUUAUGGAGUUCAUUCGGACAAAAGGACGGCCCACUAGUGGGUUGGGUAGUGUGGAAGAAACGGAAUCGGAGUCACCAAUAAAGGAGGACUGCAACCCUCUUCCAUCAACUCCACUCACAUUCUCUCGGCCGCCUAGCCGCGAGGGCCACAUGUCGCAAUGGAGGGAACCUAAUAAGCGUGAGCUAGAUCCGCAGGUCAUGAGCCAUUUACGAAAGUUUCAAGAAAAAGAGUCAGAUGAUUUCAUGGGUUCCUCCAUACGGUCUCUACGAUUCUCGCGAAUGAAAGGUCCCGUCUCCCCUGAGGGCAACAGCAUUGUUAUCGAGCAGGACAAUAUUCGUAUUACUGACAACCAAGACCGGCAUGUAAUGAGGGACAUUGAUGACGGAGGGGUCGGGUCACAACCGAGAACAAACGGCACUCACCCGUCAACAGGCUCUUCCAUGGGCCAGACAAUAGCAACGAAUACAUCCCGGAGAUCGGAGCAUGUCGCAACCCUAGCUCCAGAAGCGGUAGCACAUCUGAUACCCGAACACAUCGCAGGAAUGAGCUUCGACCGUGAGAAAAACAUCUGGGUCAGACAGAAAAGUCCAAUCAAGGAAACCCGGCCGAACGAAGAUCUGAGCAAUGCGAACGAGAGCGAGGAAGAUCCUUUUGGGAACAUUCCGGAUCUCACGGUUGAUGAAACCGCUGAGCUCCGAGUGAACAAAGCAUUACUGUUUAAGCCCACGGCGGAGACAUUCCUUGAAGAGUCGGAGGACUUCGACUGUCAGAAUGGGGUCCGUCCGGUCACACGAGAGGGCAAAGGUAUACCUCCUCCAGACACUAGUUCGGUACCGUCAAAGGCAUCCAACUUUGCAUGGAGCUUUCCGAAGACCGAAACCCGAGCGACUUCCUGGAGUGAUCAAGAAACGCGAAGCGGAGGAACUCAGAUAGUGCGUCAGCCGCCAACGACUUAUUCCAUCCCAGAGUCUGAUGAGAAUGACGUGGAGCACGAGAUCAAGUACUUCGAAGGCCGUGGCACAGCCAAGCCAACUGUACAAAGUGCACAUGUUCGAGACAUUACCAUAUCAAUCUCAUCGCCGCAUCCUCCUCUAGGCCAGGAUUUCCAGGAACGAGACAACGAACGCACAGAGGGACUGUACCAGGAGUCUAUUAGCCCUCGGAAGAACGUGCAACAAAAAUGGACAUUUUCGAGCAAUCAUCAAACCGCCCGUUCGAAAAGGGCAACCUGGCGUCAAAUGGCUGGUGCGAAGACAUUGCCGAAUGCACGAGCUACGCCGAUCAGAGAGCACGAUGAAUUGCCACUCUUGGAUGACUUGCCUUCAAGAAACUAUCGCAUGCAACUCUCCAUGAGUGUAACUACCCCUGUCUUGGGCGUUGGGCAACCAGGUGCACUAAUACCGGCUGGAUCACCACCGGCUAGGGCAGGAGAUGUUACGUUCAUGCUUAGUGAUCUGCCGGAAUUUACCCUGAAUCAGGUUGAUGAAUGCGAGCUCCCGGACCGAGUCGUCAUGAAACACAAUGGAACCAAAUUUUCUCAGGCUUUAGAGGACCGCUACGCUUUAGGAACGGCGGAGUUGGUCAAGGCUCUACAAGACGUCCAGCCAGACGAGCCAUAUUGGGAAGAGCUUCGCCAAGUUGACCUUCAUGGCAAAAGCCUUACCAAUCUUCAUCGCCUUGAUGAGUUUUGUUGCCGUUUGGAAGACUUAGAUGUAUCUGAUAACAGCAUCAGCCAUGUCGCAGGCAUCCCCUUUACGAUACGCCGGCUCAAGGCACACAACAAUUGCCUCACCGGACUCACUUCCUGGGCAUCGCUUAUGAAUCUACAAUACUUAGAUAUCUCUGGAAAUGAUAUCGACCGCUUAGAUGGCCUUAAUCAACUACUUCACUUGCGAACAUUGAGGCUUGGCGAUAACAAGAUCAAGACGUUAAGUGGCAUAUUGCAUCUCGACGGGCUCAUGGAGUUGAAUGCCGAAGCCAACCUGGUCGAAACCGUUGACUUUGCGAAAUCGGAUCUAAAAUCUUUGACAACCCUUGUUCUUCGUGGAAACCGACUAUCCAAGAUUCUCAAUUUGCACUGCCUGCCGCGACUCCAACACCUUGAUCUUGACGAUAAUUGCAUCAAAGAGUUUCCGGUAUUCGAUAUGCCAACUGGACGAAACAGCUUGUUGAGGUCUUUAAGGAUAUGCAGGAAUGAGAUGACUUCGCUCAUUAUCGAUACGUAUUGCCCGAACUUGGAGUCUCUCUAUGUGGAUGGCAAUGCCCUAACCCAAGUCUCUGGGUUGGAAAAUUUGACCCACCUUCGGACCCUUUCUGCGCGAGAACAAGUGCUAGGGACCGAUUCAGACCCAGAAACCUGUGUCGGAAACUUAAUGAGGAAUUCAGAUGUCCGCAACCUCUACAUCUCUUUAAAUUCCGCUCGUAGCUUGGAUAUUUCGCAGCAUCUCUUAAAUCUUCAGCGUGUCGAACUUGCUUCUAUGGGAUUGAAGGAGUUGCCACAGCACUUUGGACAACUAACCCCGAAUAUCCGAUCUAUCAACCUCAAUUUCAAUUCCAUCAAAGAUCUCCGACCGCUACUCAACGUAAAGAAGCUCAACGAACUACUCGUGGCUGGUAAUAAGCUUUCACGCUUGCGCACGAAUUUAGCGGUUCUGGCGAAGUUGAUCACUUUGACGAAGCUAGAUAUGCGGGACAAUUCUCUCACACUACGCUUCUACCCUUCGGUUGCAGAGAAUCGUGUUAUAUCGCUCAAUCAAAAGCCAAUCGAGGAUGACAGGUGGGACCGCUUCAUUCUUCCAGAUGGAGAUCAAGAAGCAGACAAACAGUACCUUUUGCGAUUGGAUGAUGAGACGAGACUGAGGCGAAGGGUGUACGAGAUGAUGUUAGCGACCAGUUGCAGCAACCUGCGUGAGCUAGACGGCUUGCAGUUUGACAAAGCACGUAUAUUGGUGAAAGACGAUAUUUGGGAACGACUACUCUACCUGGGAGUUAUCAGAAGGUCUGAGAAAACCGAGGAAAUUCACGAUCGAGAACCAGCGGGCUGGUCGGAAAUAUGACGCGUGGCGUCCUCUAUCUCGCGGUGCAGGAGGAGUUCAUGGCUGGCUGACAUUCUGCAUAGCUUUUGGAGAUUCUGGAAUGGGUUUUUGUGUCACAUGGGGGUCUUGGUUUCUUUUCUAGCUGCUAGAGGGAGUAUCCGGUUCCAAAACAUGUACG